CCUUUCUGAGGGAACAGUAUGAAGAUUUACCUAUCUUGUCUGGCUCAAGAUAAAAUCAUCAUUUUACUGAAAGAUUUCUCGCCAAAGUUUCUAGCAUCGAGCCCUUCACUAUGCUCUACAAGUUUCUUGUUCUAUUUGCUCUUAGUGGAUCAACCAUUGCUGACCUGCUCAGCCCACAAUGUACAAUUGCAUGUCCGGAAGGAAAACUUCUAGACACAAUCCGAUGUCAAUGUGUUGAGCCAGACUCCAGUGGAAUACAAUCCCCAUGCCAGCCAGUGUUAUGCAGAAAGUAUUGUCCUAACGGCUGGGCCAAGGACGAGAGCGGAUGUGACAUAUGUACUUGUAAAGAGGCACCCGUUUGUGCACCUGUCGUCUGCAAGAUGCUCUGUCCCAAUGGAUGGGCUCAAGAUGAAAAUGGCUGCGACAUUUGCCAAUGCAAACGAGAUGAGAAGGUCUGCACACCAGUUAGAUGCAAAAUGUUUUGCCCCAAUGGGUGGGCUAAAGACGAAAGCGGCUGUGAUAUAUGCAAAUGUAAGCUUCCUUCUGAUUGCCCCAAAGUGUUGUGCAAAAUGCGUUGCCCGAACGGUUUUGAAAAAGAUGACAAUGGCUGUGAAAUCUGCAAGUGCAAAAAAUCACCUGUCUGCUCGCCAGUAGGAUGCAAAUUAGGUUGUCCUAACGGUUUUGAAAAGGAUGACAAUGGCUGUGAAAUCUGCAAGUGCAAAAAAUCACCUGUCUGCUCGCCAGUUAGAUGCAAAUUAGGUUGUCCUAACGGUUUUGAAAAGGAUGACAAUGGCUGUGAAAUCUGCAAGUGCAAAAAAUCACCUGUCUGCUCGCCAGUAAGAUGCAAAUUAGGUUGUCCCAACGGUUUUGAAAAGGAUGACAAUGGCUGUGAAAUCUGCAAGUGCAAAAAAUCACCUGUCUGCUCGCCAGUUAGAUGCAAAUUAGGUUGUCCUAACGGUUUUGAAAAGGAUGACAAUGGCUGUGAAAUCUGCAAGUGCAAAAAAUCACCUGUCUGCUCGCCAGUAAGAUGCAAAUUAGGUUGUCCUAACGGUUUUGAAAAGGAUGACAAUGGCUGUGAAAUCUGCAAGUGCAAAAAAUCACCUGUCUGCUCGCCAGUAAGAUGCAAAUUAGGUUGUCCCAACGGUUUUGAAAAGGAUGACAAUGGCUGUGAAAUCUGCAAGUGCAAAGCCCCAACAACAUGUUCACCAGUUAUGUGCGAAAUGUUUUGCUUAAAUGGUUUUGAAAUCGAUUCCAACGGCUGCGAAAUCUGCAAAUGUAAGGCUAAGAAGGCAUGUCCUCCUGUUAUCUGUAAAAUGGCUUGCCCUUACGGAUGGGCAAAAGAUGAAAGCGGAUGUGAGAUCUGCAAAUGCAAGGAGGCUCCUAAACAAUGCCAAGCAGUUUGCAAAAACAAAUGUCCAUACGGUAGAGUGUUUGACAACGACGGAUGUCCGACUUGUCAGUGUAAGAGCGCUUCUACCACAGAACGUCCCAAGAUCCCAACAGAUUGUGGUCCUGUUUGCAUGAUAGCUUGUCUUUACGGAAAUGUUUUGGAUAAAAGAGGCUGCCCUACCUGCCAAUGUAACAAGCCUCCUGUAGCUCCACCAGUCGACUGUGGACCGGUCUGUGAUAUAUUCUGUCCCAACGGAAAUGUUCUAGACGAUCGAGGUUGUCCCACGUGUAGCUGCAAGCCAGGAGCUCCAUUUUUAGUUUCGUAAAACGCUUUAUGGUAUUGCACUUGCCUAAAUAAAUCUUUCAAAUUUCUGAAAUUUUCACAUGAAAAAUAACUGUUUUUAAACCUUAAUGCAGUUGUCAUUAUAUAAUUACGUCUUGGAUAGUCUAGUUUCCCUGUUUCUGCGUUAUUACUCAUCUUCAAUUUUGGUUUUGUGACAGUUUUCAAUAUGCUUUUUUAAAAAUGUAGUGUUCAUUUACAUUAGAAAACUAGUUUUGCUUCUCAGUUGAAGCCGGUUGCUAAAUUUGUGUUGCAUAACACUAAUAGUGCGUGUAAAAGAAUAUGAAAGAGAGACAGAGAGAGAGGGUGAAAGAGAGAGAGAGAGAAAGUGAGACAGAGAGAUGAAUUAAAGAAAGAAACAGAAGUAGGGUAAAAAAAGAAUACGUUGAUACAGAACGACUGAAGAAAAAGAUUGUAAGAAAAAACUCGUGACAUACUUGAUGUUUUGGAAAUGUGAAAUAUUCUCCAAUUAAUACAAAGCUUAAAUCAACUCACUCUGUCAGUCGGUCUGGUAAAAAGUGUGUAGACAUUAUUUCUCCCACACCCAUUCUUGGAUCAAGGUGAAACUUCGCAAAAUUAUUCAUUGACAUAGACAAGACAUGAAUCACUUCAAAAAAAGUAACUAAUUAGUCAAUUGUUUUGUUUGAUGUCAACAAGGGAAUCUAAUCAUUCAGUAUUCUCUUAUAAGGCUUAAUUUGUUGGGUUUAGUCCCCUUAAAUAAUUGUUAACGCUAUUUCUCCUUCACGCAUUCUCCGAUGAAGUUGAUACUUUAAUCAUUUAUUUAUUGUAUUUAAGAAAACAUGAGUCAAUUAGUUAUUGGUAAUUAGUUAUGUUGUUUUAUGUUGAAUAAGGGAAAUAACUUGUACAUUAUUGAUAUAUAUAUAUUUAAGAGCUGAGUUCUUUCACUUUAGAUAAACUUUUUUAAAAAAUGAUUUUAAAAAUAUUUUUCUUGUUACUAUAUGGUUGAAAUCCAAUGAUCAUUGUGUCGCACAUGUUGAAUGCUGUUGAAAGAAUCUCAAUGAUCACCGAUAUUACAACAUAUCAUACGUACAGCCCCAGCUGUCAGCCUUUGAUUCUUGUUACAUUUACUUUCUUUGUUAUUUUUAAUAAUGUUAAAAUGUUAAUGUAGUUUAAAUACAUUAUGUAAAACUUUGAAACUGCUUGACUGAAAAUUGUUUGAACCUUUAUGUGUGUAAACUUUCGGCAUUAUAAUAUGAAUUUAUUUAGAUAUAUAAAUUAUUGUAGGCUUAUCUGAAAGAGAAAGUAAAAAAAAAAAGUAUUGAUUUCUUUAUUUAGCAUUAACUACAAUCAAUGUCUGGCACUUUUUCAAAGCAAAUAAACGUUUUACAAAGCUGA